CCACUAACUCGUAGUACUACGUAAAUCAUAAUCACCAUUCCUUGAUCUCGUGAAAUCUGUUAAAAACAUGGCCGGAAAUACAAGUAUACAACCCGGUAAGAUUUGAAGAAAAUCUAUAUCGAAAUCGACCCGUGUGACCCAAAUCGGGUUUGACACAACGUGAUCCAACUGAUACACCCGAUUUGAUAGUCAUACUCAUCCUACCCAAUGCUACCAACCUUUACCAGUUCACCCUGAAUCCUGAUCACACUUGGAAUCAUUUCUCAAUUCUCACAAAAUGGGCAUAAAAAGUAGCCCAACCGCAAGCCCAACAUCAUCAAAGUCCAUCUUCCUCAAUUCACAUGAACAAUCUAUUUCCAAUCAGUAGUCAUCAUUAUUGGCAUGCGUGUUUCUCGAAACUCUAAAAAACCCCAACUUUUGAUCUGAUCAUGAACUAGUAAUACGGAGUAGUAAUCUGCUAAUCAAAUCUUUCAAUUUCAGUCGAGUCGAAGUUAAUUUGAUCGAAGUUUGCAAAAAGAUGGGUUACAAAAAGUGGGGAGUGGGAAUUAUAGCAGUAGCAUCAGUAUUAGGAGGAAGAGGAAUAAGCAAGCAAUAUGGUUGGGAUAAAGAUGCAUUAAUUGAGGUUUUUAAGGGUUUAUCUGAGAAAUUAGGGAUAUGGGCGAUUCCAGCAUAUGUGGGUGUUCAUACUCUCACAUUGUCUCUUUGUUUGCCUUCUGCUGUUUUCUUUGAAGCUGGGGCUUCUCUCCUUUUUGGCUUUCUUCCUGCUGUUCUUUGUGUUUUUUCUGCUAAGAUUCUUGCUGCUUCUCUCUCCUUCUGGAUUGGCAGGGUCAUCUUCAAGAGUUCGAGUUCGGCGAUGCACUGGGUUCAGAGUAACAAGCAUUUUCAUGUGCUCUCCAAAGGUGUGGAACAAGAUGGUUGGAAGUUUGUUCUUCUAGCCCGGUUUUCUCCUGUCCCCUCUUAUGUCAUCAACUAUGCUCUUGCUGCUACUAAGGUCAGAUUUUUUGUGGAUUUUCUGCUUCCUACUAUUAUUGGCUGUUUGCCGAUGAUUUUACAAAAUACUUCUAUUGGGAGUCUUGCUGGUGCUGCUGUCGCUUCCGCAUCUGGUUCUCAGAAAUCACAGAUCUGGUCUUACAUUUUCCCACUUAUUGGGAUAAUGUCCAGCGUUCUUAUCUCUCUCAGAAUCAGAACAUACUGUAAAAAUAUUUCAGUUGAAUCUUCUACUAUAGAAAAUAAUAGCAAUUCUGAAAAUACUACUGACUCAUCUCAACCAUUAACCAAUCUCAAAGACAAGAAUGUGAAGAAAAGGCAAUGAUGUCUUUAUUUAUGUCCUUUUGUUCCGUGAUGUUGUACUUUAGACAGAUUACAUAUUUGCUCUUUCAGGCAACUUUCUCUGUUAAUGGAAAUGCCUUUUUAUAGGAAAUACAAUGAAUAUUCUUUUAAUUACAUUACAUUUUGAUGUCA